GGAAAAGGAGGGGGUGAAUGAGGAGGGAGGAGAAGGCUUGGGCUGGGAGAGAACAGCAAGGCUGGAGGGAAAGUUGCUGGAGAAAGGAGCAGAGUGGGGCAAGGGUGCUGUCCUGGUUCUAAGGAACCUCCUGACCCAGAAUUGAAAUUGAGGCCAGCUCAGCCCCUCUAUUCUCCCAGACAUGCUGUUGGGCUCAGAUUGGAAGAAGAGGACCGAGGAUAUUGGCAAAAUCUAUGACAUCAGAGAGAAACUUGGGGCGGGAGCAUUCUCUGAGGUGUUUCUGGCCCAGAAUCUAUGCUCCAAAAGACUUGUGGCUCUCAAGUGUAUCCCGAAGAAGGCUCUGAGGGGAAAGGAGGUGGCUGUCGAGAAUGAGAUCGCUGUUCUUAAGAAGGUCAGUCACCCCAACAUUGUGGCUCUUGAAGACGUCCAUGAGAGCAGCUCCCAUCUCUACCUGGCCAUGGAACUGGUGACAGGGGGGGAGCUGUUCGAACGGAUCAUGGAACGAGGCUCGUACACAGAGAAGGACGCCAGCCACCUGGUGGGUCAGGUCUUGGGAGCUGUCUCCUACCUGCACAGCCUGGAUAUUGUGCACCGGGACCUAAAGCCUGAGAAUCUCCUGUAUGCCACCCCCUUUGAGGAUUCGAAGAUUAUGAUCUCUGACUUUGGCCUGUCCAAGAUCCAGGAAGGCAAUGUACUGGGCACUGCCUGUGGGACCCCAGGCUAUGUCGCCCCUGAGCUCCUGGAACAGAAGCCCUAUGGGAAAGCUGUAGAUGUCUGGGCCCUGGGGGUCAUCUCCUAUAUCCUUCUGUGCGGCUACCCCCCCUUCUAUGAUGAGAAUGACUCGGAGCUCUUCAGUCAGAUCCUGAAAGCCAACUAUGAGUUUGACUCCCCAUAUUGGGAUGACAUCUCUGACUCGGCCAAAGAUUUUAUUCGGCACCUGUUGGAAAGAGACCCUGAGAGGCGGUUCAGCUGCGAGCAAGCUCUGCAGCAUCUUUGGAUCUCUGGGGACACAGCCCUGGACAAGAACAUUCUCAGUUCUGUAAGUGAGCAGAUCCAGAAGAACUUUGCCCGGACCCACUGGAAGAGGGCAAUCAAUGCCACAUCCUUUCUUCGGCACAUCACCAAGAUGGGACAGAGCACUGAGGCAGAUGGAGAUGAGGGCCCUGCUGAGCCCAGCCCUCAGGGAGGACAGCAGAAAAAGUGAUGAUGCCUCAUGCUAACAGGCUACCCAUUCAUCAAGAAAUCACUUCACCUGGAGCUGGAAGUGCUGGAAGAAGAGCCCCUUUGGCUCUUAUGGAUGAUGCCCUCAAUUUCUUUCCUGCCUGUGCCCUGAGUGCCCUCCUCCUCUUUCCCUCUCCCUGUCUGUGCCUGGCACCCUUGUCCCCUCAAUCACUGGGUCUCUUGGUUUGGACCGGAUUGUCUGGUUGUGUGUGGAGGCCCGGGACUGGUAGGGGCAGUCUUGGGGAAUUCCAGAUUUGCUUGAGGGGUGACAGUGGUGCUGCAUGGAGGGUGGGUGAGGUGUUGAGGAGGUCCCAGUGAAAGUGUAGCCUAGGAAGCUGGAAGGAGGAGGGGGCUGCUCCCCAAAGUGAGGGCUGGGCCUGUGGCUGUCUUAGUCCCUCUGAAAGGGCCCAAUAAAGGGUUGGGGCCUCAACCCCCUCAUAGGAGAUGCAGUGAAGAGGAGAGCAGAGUUGGGGGGAGAUCAAUGAUGGAGACUUUUGGAACUACAAAUCCCAGAGGAGCUUUAGGCUCUUGAGUGAGCAAUUUUCACACUCAGAGUCUCCUUUUCUCCAACAGUUAACAUGGAUGGCAAAGGACUCAGUUGGUCUUUUAAAGUUUUUCCUAGCUCAAAAUUUGUUUCCUCCAUUAAUGGGGAAUCCCUUUCCCUCUUUCUUCUGACCCAGGGCAUGUCUGUCUGUUUGUCUAUCUGUGGUCCUUCUUGUCCCUAGCAGCCCUAGACCCAGCAUUUACCAUUUCAUCAAGCAAAUAAAAUUAU